AUGGCAACUACCUCAAAAGCGUCAUCACCGACGCCAGCUCGCCAAGAUGCGGAGCUCUUCGACCUCACCGCUGUGGUGCGCGCGUGGGCGGUGAACGCUUUCAUGGCGGCCGCCGACGGUCAGACCAGAAAGAGUGUUUGUGGGGGAAGCGGAGGAGCCACGGGAUGUCUCGAGGUUCAGAUGGUGUGGGAGGAUGUGGCUUGUUGGAGCGAUGUCCCCAUCUUCGCCGACAACCACUCUGUACGCCUGCCCAAGUCCCAUGUGCUCUUUAGCACGGCGUAUCGUAACAACACCGACGGAGUGCAGGAGUAUAACUUUCGCACCGAUCGCUCGACCCGCUCCACUGCGGAGAUUGAGAUCUCCAAAGGUUUCAGUGCCCAUCGAGAACUAGGCGUUAAGUUGCAACUACCAAAUCAAAUUUUGGAAGCAAAUGCUGGAUUUUCACAGGAGAUAUCCCUCACCAAAGCCACUCGACAAUAUUUAGAUGAGGAGAUGUCAUGGGGUAUCGAUACACGUGUGGAAGUCCAGCCAAAAUCGGCUGCCAACGUUGAGGUCAACAUCGUAGAACACCAAAUGACUUGCCGUUUUGCCGUGGACACCCGACUUCGGGGACGCAUCCGAGCGGUGUGCAUGGACAGCCGCAAGAAUAACGCCUUCCUUAUGAGCAUUGAGGCCGAUCUGGGUGAUGUUGUGAAGACUUACCUAGAAAAACCUCGACCUCCCUCAGCACCAAGGUUGACGCAUGUCAGAGUCGAGGGCAGUAGCACGCCUAAGACAGUUGUUAUAACAACCGAGGGACGCUGUGCCUUUCGAUUCGGUGUGAAACAGGAGGUUGAGGUGACUCAAGUUGUACCGCCCUAUCCUCUAGGUUAA